AUGAGGGAGAGAAAGAGGGAAGAAAAAACAAUAACUCAUUUCUUUCCAAUGAUUAAUACAAUCAUAUGGAAUAUAAGAGGGGUUAACUCCAAAGGUGCUUUUGACAGACUCAUUAGACUUGCCAGAACUCAUAAAACUUCCUUUAUAUCUUUCCAGGAACCUUUUGUGAACAGUUCUAGGCUACACUAUUUUAGAAGAAAAAUUGGCUUCAACAAUGCUACAUCUAACUGUAGUGGAAAAAUAUGGUGUUUGUGGGAUGAUAACUAUAGCUGCACCAUUGUGGAAGAUCAUAUUCAACACCUAACUCUUCAAGUUCAUCAUAUUAUGUCCCAAGUCAAGUUUCACGUCUCCAUUGUUUAUGCCAAGAUUAAAGCAAGCAAUAGAAAGGAUUUGUGGGGAUCUCUUAGUCAGCUGAAUCAACAAAUUGUGGGACCCUGGUCCAUAAUGGGAAACUUCAAUGUCAUUAUGGAAUCUAGUGAGAAAAAAGGGGGUAGAAGACACAGACUUAGUAGAAGCUUGGAUUUUAUUAACUGUAUGGUGGAUUGUGGCAUGAAGGAUGCUGGGUAUGUUGGAAACGAUUAUACUUGGUGCAAUGGUAGAAGAAAAAUGAAGAGAAUUCUUAAAAGGCUAGAUAGAGUAAUGUAUAAUGACAAAUGGUUUGAAGAAUUUUCUAAUGUAACUGCCAGACAUUUACCAAGGACAGGCGCAGAUCACAACACUAUGCUCCUCAAAUGUACUCUGAGUAAUACUCCUAUGGUGAAGUAUUUCAAAUUCCUAAAUUUUUGGUCUUCACAACCAGAUUUUAUGGAGGUGGUUCAAAACAGUUGGGAUGAAUAUACUGAAGGAAAUGCUAUGUACAUUAUGCAACAAAAAUUGAAAAAACUGGCUCACUGUCUAAGUAGCUGGUCCAAGAAUACUAUUGGUAAUGUGUUUGAUAGAGUUAUGGAUAUGGAGAAUAAUAUUAAACAUGCUGAGGCUGCCUAUGAUCAAGAUAACACUGAUAGCAAUAGAACAAACCUACAUGCCUUAUAUGCUGAACAAAUAAGGUAG